AUCCUCCAGAAAGCGGUAGUAGGCUACUAGUAACACCAGUUCGUCCGUCGGUGGGUCAGACAGUAGCUAAAAUUAUUGUUGUAGCUAGGCUUGCUAGCAUCGGCCCUGUACUUGGGGUGUGUGGCAGUCUUGGCCUUGUAAAGUGUCGGGAGUCCAUACUGAGAUAUAAUAAGCACAUUUGUGUUAUGGAACUGGAUAAAAUGGACGAGAACGACUGGAAAUACCAUGGGGAGGGAAACAAAAGCCUUGUAGUUUGUCAUGUUCAGCAUUCAAGAGUUCUUCGUCUACUCAAGUAUUCAGCUGAGGACUCAGAAAACCCACAACAGACAACGGAGCAGGCCUUCAGGCAAAUUCAAAACAUUCUUGAAUACAGUAAAAAUGUCAUGAGUCCGUUGCUUGGAGAAAAGUUUGUCCACAAAGGGGAAGUUGUCAAACUACCACUAGACUUUGUGAGACGACUGUCUUUAAAGGUUCAACAAGAGAGGCCAGAAUCGCGCUGUGACAAAAUGAUGGACACCUGGAGUGGAUGUGCUUUGUGCCUACCUAACCUCACCCAAUCCUCCUCCCGCUGCUGCAGUGAACACAGACCUUCCCUCUGCAUAGAGAUCAAGCCAAAGUGUGGAUUCCUACCCUACUCUAGGCAUGUAACAAAAGACGUUAAAAGCAAGGUGUGCAGAUUCUGUAUGCAUCAACAUUUUAAGCUGGCCAAUGGAAAGUGGAAACGACAGAGUCGCUACUGCCCGCUGGAUCUGUUCUCAGGGAACAAGCAGAGGAUGUAUGUUGCCUUGAAACACUUGAUCGAAGAGCCCCAGAAUAACUUCAAGAUCUUCAAGGGAGGGGAGUUGAUAUACAGCUGUAAGGACGACGCGGACGUGUGCGAGGACCUGAACGAGCUGGUCCAGCACCUGCGGCCCUACUUCCUCCACGGCGGGGGCGGGGUGAUCAACGGCCACCAGUCCAACAAGACCGUCCUGAACGAGCUCAUCCAAGUGAUCGUCAGCGCCCUCCUCAGCAGCUGGGAGACGGGGCGCUCCGGGGAGUCCCGGAAGCUGCACCUGCCCGAGGGCAGGGCCAUCUGUGAAGCCAGCCUACUGCACAGGGAGCUGCUUCGCAACGGAAACCACUGCUUACCCAAAGACUGUAUCCUGGCCAAAAUCCUUCAGACGCAAAUGCUGGACAGCUUAGACAUUGAGGGCCUUCAUCCCUUAUUCAAACGGGUGGAGCAGCACCUGCAGGAGUUCCCCAAAGAAAGCAGACUACAGAUUGACGGGCCCUACAAUGAGAGUUUCUUAGAGAAAGUACAGAGUUGUCCGUCAGAGGACGAUGGUUCCAUAGAAUAUGCAGUCAGCAAGGUUCACCAGUACAGAGUUGCCAUGACAGCCAAGGACUGCUCCAUCAUGAUCACCCUGGCACCAUGCAGCGAGGAUAAUGAUGGGUUGGAGCAGGACUUGGAGAUUCACCCUACAAAGCCUCGGUUUACAUACUCUGUGUCCAUCCUGGAUCUUGAUCCCAAGCCCUAUGAGAACAUACCCCAUCAGUACAAGCUUGACUCCAAAAUAGUCAACUACUACCUGAGGAGCACCCAAGCCAAACAAGACCUGCCAGCCCAGAACCUCUACCUUGGCCUGGACAGAGAGGACUGCACACUGGUGUUCCACCCCGUAUGAACCACUCCAGGGGGUUGGCCUCUAGUCCAUCUCAGUUCCUUCUACUCAGGAAGUGAACAAACUAAGAUCUCACUCCUAGCAUUAAUCCGAAAUGAACAACUUAUCCAUUUAAGAUAUUGCAAUUCCUGUUUACUUCCUGAGCUGAUGGAUUUAAAAAGAAUUAACAUGCCUGACCACUCCCUUGCCUUCUGUGAGAACGCUGCUAUUCAUUCGAGCAUAGAUGUCAACAAAUGCAAAGAGUCAACUGAAACAUAUCCUUCUCUAUUCUUUGUCUUUUUACUCUUAAAAUGAUAUACGCCAUAUUUUAUUUACUAAACUGAAUGUAGGUGGGUAUGCGGUAAUAGUGGGUUGUUGAGGUGUAAUUCUUUUUUGUGGCACAUAUUGAGGUCCUGUCUCAAAUCAUCCUCUCACCCAAGCGGCUUGAUCCCCUUAUUCAUGUACAGUAGGAAGUUGUGAGGGGAUUUUGUAGAUCUGGGCAUUAUGGUCACAUCUCCCAACUUGUUGUGAUGACGACCAUCGUGUUUACGUUGGUCUCCUGACGCACAUUCUGCCUCUGUGUGUGAGGCAGAGGAAGGGAGACCAGGGUGCAGAAUGGUGUGGGUUUAGAGGAGCUCUGCUCUGCCAGCCAGCCAGUCGUGCCGCCAAUGAGGUGUAUUCAAUGUGCCAAAGGUGGCUCGUGGAGUGCUUUUAGCACAUUCUCCUGCACGUUGAGUGGUGCUAUAUGUGAGGGUCUGUAAGGACAUAACUGAACAGCCGUCUUGACGAAAUGUGUGUUCAGACUUGCAUACAUUAGCAGGUAUUUGAGGCUAAGUAACCCCAUGUCCUGUUUCAGUCCAUGGGGUUACCUCUGUAGUAAGGCCUCAUGCGGUCAAGAGGACAGUGACAUCAUGUGCCAUACUAUAUGGUCUGCUAACUAAGUAGUGAAGCUGACAGAUCAAACCACUUAUCUUAACACUCAAAUAUCACAAGCACUGUGAUACCUAAGAAGCAUAAUACAUGUGUACAUAAAGAAUAUUUGAAAAUACAAAUUGGACAUUGCUGUCUAGCCUUUCAUAUUUAAAUUAUUUAUUUUUUUAGAUCUUGACUAAUGACAUUGUAUGUAAACAUUAUAUAAACAUCUAUAAAUGUGAUUAUAGAAUAUGUACAAAUGGCAUUGACAUUUUUAAAUGGGUGAUUGUAAAGAGCUUUAUACUUAAUAAAAUAAUUACAAACGUAAAUGAGUUGUAU